AUGAUAGAACAGUUCAAGUAUAGAAUGCCUUUCUGCUUUGAAUCUCUCCUAAUUGCAUCUAGCUUCUCCUCAGGUUUCCUCGUUUGCAGUGCUUGGGAAGUCCACCUCUUGCCACUCCCACUCCGGCCAGGAGGUGCUCAUGCCUCGGUUUCGAUGGUCUCCGAGCUUGUGGAGGAGCUGCCACUGGACGCUGCCACGGCACUGUAUGUGCAGACCGUGCGGACCGUGCGGAGACGGAAAAGGGGUGCCAGCGGCGGGUGGACGGGGAGACCGACCACCUGGGGUUUGGAUGGACAAUGA